AGCGCUUCAGUCCCGCAUAACUUUGCGGAACUACCACAUUUUCCCUCUUCCUUACAUCCAUCGCCAAUCUGACUGUCUUUUCAUCGCUAAGAGACAGUCAGCCAGGAUGGACGAUACGAUGUCAGACGCGGAGAAGAUCCGUGCGAAGCGGUUGGCGAAGCUCGGUGGUGCUGGUCGCCCAGAUGCUACCGCCGCCAACGAUUCGAACUCGAACGGUUCAGCGAUUCCUCCCACUACAACGACCGAUGCGAGCUCGGCGAACACAGCGCCUGCGAACGACGGCGCCGACGACAAGCCAGCGACGCCACCGAUCGAUCGUAGUAAGCUGCUGAACAAUCUGGAAGCUCACAAGCCUGCAGCAGUGUCAGCUCCUCCCCCGAAAGAGCCCGUUAAGAUCACAGUAAAGCCGCGCCAGACGUCGCCGGGCGUCAAACGCGAUCGAGACGGCUCAGAGCGGCCACAAUCACGCUCCACGAAUCGCCCCGGUGAGACCAUCGAGGUAUGGCAGGACAAGGUUCUCAAGCAGGUGUAUCGCGUCACAUUGAACCAGAACGAGACCAAGGACAUCCAUGGCCACAAACUGGCCUACCUCGGGGGAGUCAAAGAGGAUGGCGCAGACUUGCUCCAAGUGGAUAACUCAGACAGCAUCUUGACGGAAGCAGCGAGCCAUGCUCCACGAGGCAAGAUUUUCGAAUACUUCCUGCAAUGCUUCAAGCGUGCUGUUCGAGCGAGCAAAGACCCACGGCACACUGGCAGCGAGGAGAAAGCUUUCGUGUUGAAGGAAGCACGACGGGUGAGCAUGGGUUAUUGUAUUUUCGCGAUCACCAUGCCGGAUAUGUUUCCCGAUUUUGAGCCAACCUCGAAUGCGCUCGUAGAUCAUUUGCUGGCAGAUCCAGAGUCCGAUCAUGGCAUUUGCACAGAUUUCCUGACCGAAGCAGUGUCGAGAUUCGAGGAAGACGAUACCAUCAAGGAGACGAUUGUCGGCGCGGCAGAAGUCUUGAGUCAACAACUUGCUCAGAAAGAUAUGCUGGCUGAUUACACGAAUUACAUCACCGCCAUUCGGAACCUGCUACGCUUUCCGAAGAUCAUGAAUGCUGUGACUGAGUCGGAGAUGUGGGCGCCUGAUGUCGAAGCACAGGACAUCGAGUCAAAGACGAUACUGGGACCUUUCUUCCGCUUGUCGCCAAUGCAGCAAGCUGCGGCGAGCAGCUAUUUCUCGGCGCCUAAGACGCGCGACAAGGCAUUCAUUGCCAACGCGCAGAGCGCAACACGCAUGACGUUGAAAACGCAUCAAGAGCAGCUCUUCCUGAUAGCGGAUGGCAUCGUCAAGGCGGGUCCUGCCACGCGAGGCCGCAUCCUGGACUGGUUCGCGAUGUGCGUCAACAAGAACCACCACAAGCGAGCGAUGCGUGUCGACUAUAAGCGAGUGUCCUCGGAUGGGUUCAUGGUCAACGUCACAGCUGUUCUUGAUCGUCUCUGCAGUCCCUUCAUCGACGCCAGUUUUGGCAAGAUCGAUCGCAUAGAUGUCGACUACCUGCGUCGCAACCCACGAGUAGACAUUACCGACGAGACGAAAAUCAACGCAGACCAGGCAACGAGUGACGAAUUCUAUAAGAGGCCUGCGCAAGGAACUAACAAUUUCAUCUCCGAAUUGUUCUUCUUGACAGUGGCUGCACACCAUUACGGCACUGAGGCGGCACAGACACGCAUGACGACGAUGCGAAAGAGCGUAAAACGAUACGAACAGGACCUGGCAGAAUUUGAGAAGGAACGCCACAAGUACGUGAGCGAUCCACGAUACCUACAGCGGUUCGAGCAACAUGUUGCCAAGGUCAAGCAACAGAUCGAUGACAUGUGGAGCACGAUUCACGCUACAACGGGUGUCCUACUCGACGAUGCAACGCAAAAGGCCUCCAUGGACUUCAUGCGAUAUGUCAUUGUCUGGCUGCUGCGUUUGGCGAGCGGCCAGAAUCUGCCCAAGGAGCAACUACGACUUCCACUGCCAACACAACAGCCGGAUGUCUUCAAAUGCCUCCCUGAAUAUUUUCUGGAAGGCGUUGUGGACAACUUCAAAUUCGUCACCUCGAAUAUGCCACAGGCUAUUGUGCCCACACAGACAGCGGAGCUUGUGCAAUUUGCCAUCGCGUUCUUGCGCAGCAGCGAAUAUGUCAAGAACCCAGGCGUGAAGUCUGGUCUUGUGACUAUCCUGUUCUUCGGCAUCAUGCCGUAUGCUAACAACAGGCCAGGUGUGCUGCAUGACCAGCUGCUUGGCUCAGACUUUGCCAAUACGCACCUGCUUCACGCUUUGAUGAGGUUCUACAUUGAGGCAGAAAACACUGGCACGCACACACAGUUCUUCGACAAGUUCAGCAUUCGCUACGAGAUCUUUCAGGUUGUCAAGCGCAUAUGGGUCAACACGAAAUAUCGCGAGAACCUGGCAAUUGAAUCGAGAACAAAUACGGCAUUCUUCGUCCAGUUCGUCAACAUGAUGGUCAACGACGUCACCUUCGUUCUUGAUGAGUCUCUCUCCAGCUUGGCCAAGGUGAACGAGCUCACAAAGGAAUUGGCCGACGGGAGCAUCAUGCAAGACUUAAAUGACGAGCAACGAAAGGAGAAGCAGGAUCUGCUCGAAGACCACAAAGGAAGAGCCAAGAGCUACCUCGGUCUGACCUCUUCUACCAUGGAAGCUCUCAUCCUCUUCACAGAAACGCUGGCCGAAGCAUUCACGAUGCAGGAAAUCGUCACCCGUCUCGCAGACAUGUUAGACUACAACCUCGACACACUUGUCGGACCACGACGGAAGAACAUCGUCAUCAAGGAUGAUGACCUCAAAGCCGUAUGGCACCCCAAGAGUCUACUCUCCGACAUCCUUACCGUCUACAUCAAUCUCUCCGAAAAGCAAGACUUCAUUCACGCCAUCGCCCGCGAUGGCCGCUCCUACAAACCCGCCAAUUUCGUGGAAGCCACAGAUAUCAUGAGGAAAUCUGUUCUCAAAUCUCCCGAAGAGCUCCGCGCAUGGGAGACGCUCGGCGAGAAAGUCGCUGAAGCGAAGGCAUUGGACGAGCAAGAAGAAGCCGAUCUGGGCGAGAUUCCUGAAGAAUUCGAGGAUCCUCUGCUGGGCAUCUUGAUGACGGAUCCGGUGAUACUGCCAAGCAGCAAGAGUGUGGUGGAUCGCAGCACGAUUCGGACGCAUCUGCUUUCCGACCCCACGGACCCGUUCAAUCGUGUGCCGCUGAAGAUCGAGGAGGUGUUGGAUAAUGUGGAGCUGAAGGACAAGAUUGAUGCGUGGAGGAAGGAGAGGAAGGCGGAGAGGACUAGAGGAGAGGCGAUGGAUACUACUGAUGGCUGAAAGAUGUGAGUCCUUGGAAGUCAUGGGUCUGCUCGCUAUCAAGGCAGAUAGAGAGCUUGCAUGCAUGCGCUUUGCAACAAGCAUGAAUGGGAAGAAAGGAAGGCAAUGAACGGAACAGUGCAUACGUUCUUGUAGAUUUGAGUGAACGAUAGCACUGGUAUGAUAAUGAUAACUGAACUUAUAUGAGCCCCUGUGUGAAUUGCUCUGGUCGUCUAUGCAUCCCGCUAUGGACGUGAUCGUUUCUCUGCGAGAGCCACCACGUCACAUCAUGUUGCGGUGUACCCGUUGAAGGUGGCCACGUCAUUCGAGUCGAAGAACAUAGCGCCACUCCGUUCAUCAGUGACAGAGGCGGUACCGGAUGAUUGAUCAGAUCGUGUCCGAUGUAAAUGGCAGCCUGCAUGCCCCGCAGUACCUCCGC